AUCGACUAUUUGAUAUCAUCGCAAGAACGUUUGACACCGAUUCAGUUUUCUGAUAAAUAUGGUUUUCGUGUCCAAAGCUGCUUCAGUAAAGCUGUCAACUACUACAGUUCAUGAGAGAAUCUUCGAAGCUUGUCGCAUUCACGCUUCAGCUAACAAAGAUGCCGUUUGUUUUAUCGAUGCUGAAACAACGACAAAAAAGAAAUUAUACAAAGAUGUGGAACCAACAGUGAAUAGUUUGGCAACAGCUCUAGUGAAACUAGGCUUCAAGCCUGGGGAUGUAGCCUCUCAAGCAUUUCCAAAUUGCCCAGAAUUCCUUGUUGCAAUGCUUGCAGUUAUGAAAUGUGGAGGAGCAAUGUCUAAUGCCAGUGCAAUUUUCACAGAUUAUGAGUUACAACUUCAAUUUUGUGAUUCAAAUACAUCUAUUGUGUUCACUGAUGAGGAUCGUCUUGCCCGUAUCCGCCGUGCAACAGCAAAGUGUCCUGGUGUUCGGAAGAUCAUUUGUCUCCGCACAUUCCCAUUGCGUACGGAGUUUCCUGAGAAUGUUCUCGAUUAUGUAGAGUUGACACAGACACCUGAUCAGCCUAUUAAUGUGAAUGUUAGUAUGGACUCUAUCGCUUUACUUCCUUAUUCAUCUGGAACUACAGGACGCCCGAAAGGAUGUCAACUGACUCACAGAAAUAUUGGAGCCAUGUUAGACGUUGCAAAAGCUCACCUCGAGACUGAUGUUGCUCCUGCAAUGUUUGGUAAAGAAAAGGCUACGUGGCACAAAGAGCACACUGUCCUGCUGCUUCCGUGGUAUCAUGCAUAUGGGCUGAAUACAAUGUUUGAGACAAUAUUGCUGGGAAUGACUGGAAUUGUUUUCAAGAAAUUUGAUACAAUUGUGAUGCUUAAUCGGAUCAAAUUCUACAAGGUUAAACUUGCAUGGUUAGUCCCACCAAUGCUCAUAUUUCUUGCCAAAGAUCCAAUGGUUCCAAUCUUCAACACUGCUCCAUUCUUAAAAGUUAUCAUGUCGGCUGGAGCAACUGCUGGAAAGCAACUGUGUGAAGAAGUGAGCAAACGAUUCCCGAAUGCGUGGUUGUGUCAAGCAUAUGGAAUGACUGAAAUGGUUCAAUUCACUACAAUUCCACGCUUUGAAGAUGGAAAUUGUUUUGAAACUGUUGGAAACUUGGCUUCAACUUAUGAAUUGAAAAUCUUGGACAAGGAGAAAAAAGAGAUUACCACAAUCAACACGGUUGGUCAAUUGUGUUUCCGUGGACCAACAGUCAUGAAGGGAUACUUGAAGAGAGAAGAAGCUGAUAUCAUUGAUAAGGAUGGUUUCUUGUUGACUGGAGAUCUGGGAUCUAUUGAUGACAAGGGACGUAUUCAUGUGACUGGACGAAUCAAGGAGUUGAUCAAGGUUAAUGGAAUGCAGGUUCCACCGGUCGAGAUUGAGGAUGUUCUUCUUCUUCAUCCAAAAGUUAAGGAUUGUGCUGUAAUUGGUGUUCCUGAUGAGCACAAAGGAGAAUCUCCAAAAGCGUAUAUUGUGAAGAAGGACCACACACUGACUGAAGCAGAGCUCACUGAGUUUGUUCGUCAAAAGUUGUCAUCUUACAAAUGGAUUGAUACAUAUGAAUUCAUUGAUUCGAUUCCAAAGCUUCCAUCCGGAAAAAUCCAACGCAAGAAAUUGAAGAAAAUGGCAGAGUCGUCGGGAUCCACAGAAUCGGAAGCAUCGGAGCCAAGUCAGUCGGAGAGAAGCUCUCACAGCAUUCGAAGAUAGAUAAUGAAUAUAACUACUGGUGGCUCGAUAUAGAAAUGAUAAAUUUGUAUGCUUUG